AUUUUGAAAACCAAGUAGAAAUGAUCAGAGUGCAAGUCCUAGGGGGCUUACCCACCACCGAGGAGGCCCAGCUUUUGAUACAGCUUGAGCCACAGCCGGCGAACAAGAUGGCUGUAGAGAGACCGGCCCGGUCCCUGAGCCGGUGAGGGGCGAGGCGCCCAGCGCCCUGAGGCCCAAAGAUGGGGAACGUCACUGCGGAGAACAGCUCGCUGUGCGCCAUUGACCACACCAUCCACCAGACUCUGGCCCCGGUGGUCUACGUCGUGGUGCUGGUGGUGGGCUUCCCGGCCAACUGCCUGUCCCUCUACUUCGGCUACCUGCAGAUCAAGGCCCGGAACGAGCUGGGCGUGUACCUGUGCAACCUGACCUUGGCCGACCUCUUCUACAUCUGCUCGCUGCCCUUCUGGCUGCAGUACGUGCUGCAGCACGACCACUGGUCGCACGGGGACCUGUCCUGCCAGGUGUGCGGCAUCCUCCUCUACGAGAACAUCUACAUCAGCGUGGGCUUCCUCUGCUGCAUCUCCAUCGACCGCUACCUGGCCGUGGCCCACCCCUUCCGCUUCCACCAGUUCCGCACGCUCAAGGCGGCCGUGGGCGUCAGCGCGCUCAUCUGGGCCAAGGAGCUGCUGAGCAGCGUCUACUUCCUCAUGCACAAGGAGGUGGUGGAGGACGAGGACCGGCACCGCGUCUGCUUCGAGCACUACCCCCUGGAGCCAUGGCAGCGGGGCAUCAACUACUACCGCUUCCUCGUGGGCUUCCUCUUCCCCCUCUGCCUGCUGCUGGCCUCCUACCGGGGCAUCCUGCGGGCUGUGUGCCGCAGCCACGGCACCCAAAAGAGCCGCAAGGACCAGAUCCAGCGGCUGGUGCUCAGCACCGUGGUCAUCUUCCUGGCCUGCUUCCUGCCCUACCACGCUCUGCUGCUCGUGCGCAGCCUCUGGGAGGCCAGCUGCCAGUUCGCCAAGGCCGUCUUCAACGCCUACCACUUCUCCCUGCUCCUCACCAGCUUCAACUGCGUGGCCGACCCCGUGCUGUACUGCUUCGUCAGCGAGUCCACGCACCGGGACCUGGGCCGCCUCCGGGGGGCCUGCCUGGCCUUCCUCAGCUGCGCGGGCCCCGGCCGCGCCCGGGAGGCCUACCCGCUGGGCGCCGCCCAGGCCUCGGGGAAGGGCGAUGAGCCCGAGCUGUUGACCAGGCUCCACUCGACCUUCCAGACCCCGAACUCGCCCGGAGCCGGGGGGUCGCCCGCGGGCGGCGUGGCCUAGCCGGGGGUCUCGCCGUGGGGGGCCGGGGGAGGCCCGAGCUCGCCGCUCCGCCACGGGCAGGUGCCUCCUUCUGCCCCAGGGAACCAUGGGCUGCGGCCCGCGCGG